GUCAGAAUGGAACCUGUACUGGUGAGUGGACGUGUACUGUGACCUCAACAUUUUGUGUGUAUCAGCUGAUCCCGGAUACAUGCAGAUAUGGAACGUGUGGUGGAGAUGGCAAAUAACGGUGGUUUCUCCCUCGCCGGCCCCUCCACCACUCCCCGCAAGCGACAGGUGCGAUUCUCCGCCCGCCACGACAUCCUGCUGCUCCGUGAGGUCAUUGCUCAGAACCCGUUCUGUUCCAAGGAGUCGGGUCGUAUCUGGGCCCGUGUCGGGGAGAUCAUCACAGCUGCCCUGCAGGACGAGAGCUUUGAGGUGGACGCCCGGCGUUGCAGGGAGAGGACCAUGCUGCUGCUGGACUACUACAAGAAGCAGGACUUCCCCAGCCUACGCAGGUUUGGGACAGAGAGGCUGUAUGCCCAGAAAGAAGACCUACUCCAUGAGGUGUUGGAGCUGGAGGCAGAGAAGGGUCUUCUGGCCAGCGGGGAGAGUAAGUACCAGGAUGAGGAACUCAGGAAACGAGCCUUGGAAGAGCUGGCUAGUCAACCAGAGCAGGACAAACCCAUCAUUAUCUCCACACAAACAGGACAACCCAAAGUCCCCAUGACCCCAGAGCCCGAGGAGCAGCAGGAGAACCUGGCGGAGCUCUCGCUAGUCUCGGCGGCGCCCAUGGCCAAGCAGCCUUGCCAAUGCUGCUGCCAGACCUACUCAGAGAUCCUCAGCUUCCUGGAGAAGCGCUCGGAGGCGGAACAACGACUGCGGGAGGAGGAGUUAUUGCUGAGGAGGGAGGAGCUAGAGAUCCAGAGGAGUAAGAUCACUCUGGAGAGAGAGAGGCUGGGGGCGGAGAGGAAGGAGAGGGAGAGGAGGUUCGAGCUGGAGAGCCAGGAAAGACAGGUCAUAUUGGACCUGCUAAAGGAGAAGGUGCUCAAAGGAUGAGAGGAUUGAUGGGGUGGUGGUGGAGGGGGGCAGGUGAGGGGCUGAAGGGACCAAAGGUGUAUGGUGUGGAUGUAACAGUAUAACUUCUGUCCCCUCACCCCUACCUGGGCUCGAACCAGGGACCCUCUGCACACAUCAACAACUGACACCCACGAAGCAUCGUUACCCAUCGCUCCACAAAAGCCGCAGCCCUUGCAGAGCAAGGGGAACAACUACUCCAGGUCUCAGAGAGUGACGUCACCCGAUUGAAACGCUAUUAGCGCGCACCACCGCUAACUAGCUAGCAAUUUCACAUCGGUUACAUGGACAUAACAUUAAGACGUUGGGAGGGUGGUACUACCUCUGGAUCGCACCCUCUGCCCCCUGUUCUACGCCAAUGGCCUUAGUGAAGGAAUCUGCUGUGACACCCAUAUAUAAGUGUGGAGAUCCAUGCCUAGCAUUGAGCUAAGCUGGAUGACCGCAUUCCACAAGGACACUGACAAAAAAAAUAGGUAGCACAUCCUCACACUGUACAUAUACCCACACAUUAUCUUAUUAAACAAAUCCUUUGGUGAUAGAAUAACAAGCUGUUCAUCAAGGGUAAUUUUUAUAGUGAAAAGACAAAAUUGCCAGCAAUUCUCCCAAUGUCAAUUAACUCUUUAGUCAAUUCUGACUUUGUGGUCAUUAUUAUGAAGCUGUUCCUGCUGAAAAUUCAAGAAAGUACUUACGUAACCUCCUAAUGAUAUGGGAUGACUACAAGCAAUUUUGAAACUGUAUUUGUUAAUUGAGGAAAGAGUAUAGAAAAGUUUCAUUAGGCUAGUUAGAUUUCUAGGAAAUAUGACAAAGUUGUGUAACAAUUUUUAUUUGAUUUGUAUUAUAUUAAAUUAUACAUGACGUACCGUUCCCCCUGAAAUACCACUUUUAAAGUAUUUAAAACAUAAUAUGUUACCUAGAUGUUGUUUCUUCAUAAUAACUCAUUACUUGAGCGUCUCUUUACGUCUUUUUACGCCUUCUACGUAAGGUUACUCUUUGACCUCGCGCAUAAUUGAAGUAGUCUGAGUGGUUGAAAAUUCGAACAAACCGCCCUCUGUUCCAAAGCAGCAAUCACAUUGGAUUAUUAUACUGCCAAUAUGUUAAUCGUUGGCUACCCAAUGAAAUUACUCUUAUUUUCUUUGACGCGACCUCGUUGCUACAAAGUUUACAUUAGCUACGCUAGACGCAACAUUGUAUACACUUUUUGAGAUUACACGAGUCUGCUGUAGUGUACUUUUAUUGCAAAAAUAUUUUUCCAGUUGAAGAAUUAGGUGGAGCGCGUUUUUCGUAGAGUAGCCUACAGAUCUAUGUGCGGAUGUGGAAAAACUCAGUUUUCUAGUUUGAUAGACCAGUCAUACUGCGAUCGAUAAGUAGCUGUGUUUACUUACGCCAGUUAUGUGGGUUAGCUACAUAUAGGCCGGUGUUUAUUUUAGAUUUUGUAACAUUCCUCACUCGACGUAUUUCCGUGUUCUUAAAUCCUGCAUUUAUAAAAGGAGUCGAUAUUGUCAAU